AUGGCGGAUAAAAGGCGUCGCGGAGUUUCGGAUGACCCAGAUGCGCCUCUCAAGGCGCAAAGAAAGAAAAGACGAGAGGAUAAGGCAGCCGCCAAAGCUCGCUUAGCCAACGCUGCUAACCAGAACAACGAAUCCGCCGAGCAAUCUGCAAGAUCUCAAGCAGGUCAGCCUGUGCUCGACGCAGUCGAUCAGCCUUCUGAGAGCGGAGCAGCGCAAGCCGAACCAGUAGCACCUCCACCCGCCCCGACUGGAGGAUUCACCGCGAUCAAUGCGACUGGAGGAGGACCACAAAUGUUCCAUUUCCAAGGAAACCUAAAUCGCGACCCGCCCGGAAAUAAUACUGCAGAAACCGGUCAUUAUGUGCCUGAGGGUGCUCAAGGGAUUGCACAGUAUGGUGAUCGGGCAGAAGAUGGCGGAGAACCGUCGGAACCGGAAAAGGCAGAGGCGAGCGAUUUCGAACACAAUGCUGGCACGGUCAACGAUCGAUUCGGCAAUAAGAUGAACAACCCUUUAUUUGCGACUUUCAUCAAGACAGACAUUCUGCCCAAGCGGACGCAUCGACACUUCGAGGAGUAUCUCAAGACGAUUCCUCUCGAUGACCAGCUGGAGGACUCGAUCUGGUAUGUCAAGCAGAUGAUGCAAGACCGAGGAGUUGGCAAAAAUUGGGAAUAUACCUUACCAAUUGCGUUUUAUCACGACGAUCAAAAUGAAAGAUUCGACACGCCUUGGGUCAUAGAAGGCCGAGAGGAGCCCAAUGAUUCCGACGCGACUCGGUUUUCAUGGCUGGUAACGGCGAAAGCGUUAUACAGGAUUGCGUCGAAGCCAGAUACCGAUCUCGACAUUCAGCAGGCACACGAAUUUGCCGCGAUCUACGCAGAGGCUGGGCGGCUCACUCGCGGCGGAGACAUGCUUGUAUGCCCCAACGUUGACUGGACUAGGGAACCGGUGGACUUUCCGGCUCUGCUUCAAGAUUCCAGGAAUCUACUACAGCAACAUGUGAAAGCGGCUUGGCGAAAGGCUUUUGCCACUGCGAAGGAAGAGCUAGGCGUGAAGGCGGAAGUCGAACUACAGGCUAGCUACAAGCAGAUGCGCCUAGAGAAGGAAUUGGACGGACUGAAAUGGGAAACGCCGGACAAGUACCUCUGGGAAGUGAGAUGGAGGAAUGCUCGAAAGUUAUUCGAGUCGCGCGGUCCCGCUGAGGCCGAUCAGUUGAUGUUCGAUUCUUCCUUGCAAAGGAUGUGGAACGACUCGCAGAGGUCUGCCAGAUAUCACUCUCCGCCCGUCAUGCGUCCCGAAACGUCCUGCUCCCAGUACUGCUCGGAUUUGUUGACUUUCCAUCUUGAAUGUCAGAGGUCGUGCAUGGAGGCGUAUGAGGCAGCAAUUGCCACCGCACAAGCCGAAGUGGACGAGGAAGAGCAAGAUGCUAUUGAAGCCAGCGAGGCCGUUGACGUCGAACAGGCGGACUCGAAGAUUCGGAACGGACCAUCGCCGGCCAAGGCCCUUGCGGAUCUACAGGAACAACAUGCUCGGCUGAUGGUGGAUGUGGAACAUGCAGGCUGGGGAUGGUACCCGGAGGAUGAGGGAUUACUUCGAGGAUCAUUCAAUGAUCUGUGGCAUCGGCAUAACUAUUGUCUUCAACGCCAUGGCAUUGAUUUCGAGCGUGUACUCCACCUGUGGAACUCAAUGAGAGGCUUCAAUAAGCCAGCGUUCCCUCCCGAAUGGAGGGAGGGAAUUUCUGCCGAAGACUAUGUCACAAAUGCGAUAGUCCCUGCGGUACAUAAUGCGUGUCUUGCUCAGUGGGACGCAGAGAUCAUCGAGUUGCGAAAAUCGAUUGAGCAGGGGACUGACGAUCAAGCCACACGCUACGAGACAGCAAAAGGGGAGAUGGAACGCUUCGUCGCAAGCUUAAACAUCAAGGCAUACGGUCCCGGGCUUCUUUCUUUCCAUCUUGACUGGAAAGCCGCCAUGGAUGUCUUUGCUCCAGACACAAUCUCAACGGACCUGAAGCUUCGUUUCCAGGACAUCUUUGAGCAAGCCAAGAGAAUCUACACUGAACAAGACAUACACCUGAAGCCACAUCAAAUUCAAGACCAGCAAUCGGAACAGGACUUCCUGUUUGAGCUCGCCGAUGUGAUUGACGAGCAGAUAAAGGAACAAGCGGAGAACGACGAGCCAGAGCCUGACAAGCCGACUCGCGCUAAGCAACUGGGGUUCGGCGGUGAACGUUCAGGUCAGACUGGAAGUUGGCGAUUUCUCGGUACAGCUGGUCAGGGAGCUUUUGGUCACGCCGGUAUUUGGGGCCGGACUGACGCACUUGGAACGGUGGUGGAGAAAAUCGUUUUGAAAGAGACCUACAGCGCAGCGGCCAAGGGUUUGUCUUGGGACGCUUCCUGGCUGUGGGAUGGAGAACCCGGCACAACCCCUUUCGAAUUUUUAAUCAUCGAAAAGCUUGGGCGUCUACCCGAUGCGCACAGUAUCGUCAGGGUCAGAGCAUUCGCUAUCCACGAUACUUUGAAGAUGUAUCGAAUCUACAUGGAGUAUUGCCCGCAUGGGACUCUGAACCAGCUUCUGGUCCAACACCGCGCUGUCAAGACUGGUAACCUUGAUGCCGACGGAAUGCUCGUUGAAAGCAACAUCCCUGCUCGUGCUUUAUGGGCAAUCUUCGAAGCACUGAUCGCCGCAAUCCAUCUUCUCCACGUCGGACCUCUGCCGGGGACUCAUACAGGCGCUUUUGACGCCAGAGAAGUACUUCACCGCGAUUUGAAGCCGGAGAAUGGUACUUUACCCAUUGACCCCAUGGAUGCCGUGGCGCUAACGACACUAGUGUUCCUGGGCGCACCCAACGAAACUGGAGCCUGGCCGGGAUUGCCUUCAAUUAAGCUCGGAGACUUCGAGAUACCUUCAUUCAAUCCCGGAGUUGAGGAAUACUACCCACCAGCUUUGAGCGCCAUGCCAGCUACGAAUCUCGACGAUCCCGAGAUCUCUGAAGUCUACGAACAAAGGUCACCAUUGUUCUCUGAUGAUAAUCCUCUUAACGCCGGAUGCAGACAAGGAAACAAAGCGAAAGAUGUUCGAAACAGUAACUAUGUCCAUCCGAGGAUGAACACAGGAUUCAGUUCCUCCAUUCCUCUAGCCGAAGCAGCCCGAUACCUCGAUAUGCUACCCACGGGCGCUUCAAGACAGUCUCGCCGUAAAGCUGGAGCCCCGCCGCAGUUUACCGCCAGGGACGACAUACAGAAACUCCGUCCUGCGAGAAAAGUACGACGAGCGCCAGCGGUACCACAACCAGUGCCAGUAGCACCGCAACCCGCGCCGCAACCCGCACCGCAGCCCGCGCAAGUGGCACCACAACUAGUGGCGGGAGUACAAGCGCAAGGGAACGAAGGCGAUGUUGACGGCGAAGUCAAUGAUGGUGAAGACGAUGACAUUGCAACACAGACCGGCGCGGCAGAGGAGGGUAGGGAAGGCAAUGUGGAGAGCCAUCAGCCGGAUGAGUUUCAAAAUCGUCUCGAAGAACGUCGAGCUGGCAAACCCGCUGCAGUCGGAGACAACAGGGUCGACGAAGAUCGCGAGCGUACUGAUGCAGAACAUGGAAGCGCAGCACCCGCCGACAUCGCUGCACAGGCAAAGCAAGGGAAAAGGAAAGAUAGAUCGAGUGAAGGUACACCGAACGACGAUGCGCCAAGCCCUACAAAGCGGAUCAGAUCGGGUUCCAAGUCUUCCGGGGAGCUGAACGAUAGCAACGAGAUCAAUCAGCAGGCUGCAGAUCAGACGCCCGAGCAGGUUCAGUUGACUGCGCACCUAGCCGAUCACCGAAGACAAUUCGAAUCGCUAGGCCCUCGACCAAACAUCCUUGGCUGGUACACCGACCUCAUACGACUUGCAAGGGAGGCACUCAAAGUUACAGGCGAUGACCUGGAUUUCGGACCAAUGACGGGAACCUGCGCCGAAUAUUGUGCCAUGUUAUCGAAUGAGUUAUACAACAUUCGUAGGACCGCCGAUCCAAAGAUAUACGACGCUUGGGACGUCGAGAGUGCCAACCUCCGUGAUAAAUCGGCGUUGAAAGAAUUGCAGAAGCGUUUCGACAUUAUGGACAGCCGUGUCAGAGCUGGCAAGUGGCCUUAUGGGCCAGAUGAUCCACAAGCUCGGCAAGACGAUCAAUAUUUUGCGUCCGCAAUCGGGUUCGAUGCAGUGAGAGCAGGCCAGCAACCGGAAGAGAAAUGGCGACAGGUCUCAUGCGUCGGCGCAGGCGCCCAAGCCACGGCCAACCUCUGGGAGUGCGAAGACGGAGCAGGAAAUGUCGUCAAGCGCACAGUCAUCAAAGAGUCUAGAGGAGACGGCUGGAACAAUGAGGUUAAUUGGGAAGGAGGAUUCUACAACCGCUUCCCAAAAGAAGCCGCGCUUACAAUGUACCUGGGCACACUUUCGGAUUCAUUCAACAUCAUCAAGACAUUCGGCUACGCUACGUACGAUACCCGGCGAAUCUUCCGAAUCUAUAUGGAGUGGUGUCCCCACGGAACACUCGAAGUCAUGUUGAAGAAACACAGCGAAAAGGUUGGCCGAUUAAAUGAGGAUGGCAACUUGAUUGAGCCAACCAGAAUCCAAACCCCAGACGGCUUACACACUUGGACAUCAAACCAGCAAACAGAGCAGCGCGGCCACACUUCAGAUCCAUACUCGCCCAAUCUGAUCACGACCGCUUCGGACUUCUUUUGCCAGUAUGGAAUGAUUGUGCCUAUUAUACGGGCAUUCAAAGCCUCAGCACGUUCCUCUACUUGCAGCAAACAUUCAUCAGCAAGGCACUGGCAAGAAGAUCAAAUCAUGGCCAGAUCGCAGCAAUCUGGUAGUACUGGAUCACGAAGAUCGGCUCGAAUCAAAGCGCUGGGUAAUUCGAAACCGGCGAACGCCAAAGCUCCAAAGCGCAAGAUCGGUGAAUUGGACGUUGUGGCCGAAGAAAACGAGGAUGAGGAUGGCAAUGACGGAGAUCAGAACUCGGGGGGAGAACCGGCCAGGAAGAAAGCAAAGGACAAGGGAGACUCACCGCAAGGGAGGUCCGAUCAACCAGCACCAAAAUCGCAAGGUCGUCCCAAUGAGGGUGGCGAUAGCACGGGCCGACGUGGCACUCCUGAUCAAGUCGAGGCCGGCGCUUCAGGCUCAGCAAAUGAAGGUGGCGAGGAGAACGCUGGAAUUGAUGAGACUGAGAAAGAACCACCCAAGAUGAGCGCCACAAACCUGAAACUGAACUUGGACUUCAUCCGCAAUCUUGUGCUUCCUGGUCACGUCGACGAAGUUCCCGUGGGGUUGGAAAGACAGAUGGUAUGUGUCUCGGCGAUGAACGAACAGGACAUGAGAAAGGCUACGAAGAUCUUGCAGGAGCUUGUUGUAGAAUAUGGCACCAGAACACUGCUGUGGAGUUUGCGUGUCUGGCCGAUCGAAGCCUACAUGAACGUCCCGAUCCAUUUUGAUGGACGAUGGGAUGUGUUUGAAGACGAUGCGAUUGUAAAUCUCCACGAUAAUUGGCGGGACACAUGUGUUGAAGCCCAGCGCACGAACGCCACCCGGAGACAGAUUGAAGAAUUUGUGGACGGCUAUCGCAAAGCCAAGUUCUUGCUCAAGCUUGGAGUAGAGGUCGAGAAGGAUGAAAAUGAUGACGACGAGCCGCCGAACGAGCCGGACCAGAAUCAGACUCAGCGCCCAAGCUUCAUCAGCGGGCGUGCAAGAGCGGUCACGGCUCAAAUGAAGCACUUCCGCGAACAACGAGCAGAGAAGGUGAGCGAAUUCCGUGCAGCAUGUGGAGACGAAGCUGCCGACGAACUUGAAGCGCUCUGUGGCCGUGUCUUCGCGGACUGGAAACAGAAAGGGUACCCCGGAAACAUCGAUUAUCGCAAAGUUUCGUGCCACUUCCGGUGGGAACGCAUGAGACGGCGGUUCAACUCAUGGAGUCCGACCGAAGUCGAGCGGACAGCGUUCGAAGGUAUCUAUGCUGAGGUUAGAGAGUACAUUCGACGCUACGACGAGUUUAUCUAUCCACCGGACGACCAACAAUUAUCGUGCCAGGCUUUUGUGUGGGUGAUGUGGCCCAAGCUGGACGACUGGCGCAAGGAUUGCGUCAAGGACACGAAAAGGCUGUGGUCAGAGGCUUUGAAAGCUGUCCCAGGCAAAGAGGGGAAUGACUUGUACCUCGACUACAAUCAGGCUAUGCGUCAUCUCGAGCUUGGGGGCUGGCCUAUGAGCGAGAGUUGUGUCAAGACCCAGAGGAUGAUGGUCCGACACAAAUGGCGAGAUCUGGAGGCUGCGGUGGACGCCGAUGAUAUGGUUUCAGGAGCCUUGGUGAAGGAGCUAGGCAACGAAGCAAGGGAGCUCAUUGACAAGUUCGUGUUCAUCGUACCACCGGACAAAGACAAUGCAGUGGCUUGGCAAUCGUUCAUAGACGACACAUUGCGCCCGUUCGUCCGUGCGAAAAAUCUUCCGUACUGGGGAAAGCUGUGGGACACCACACUCGGCAGACAGCACAACCCCGACGAUGCCAAAUUGCUUCAAGAAAUGAGAGCUGAUAUGGAAAUCAAGCUUUCCGGGCCGGAUCCGCCUUUACCGUAUGGCCCAAGCAUGGCGCAGUACAUCCGUGACUGGUCCGAAGUUGUGGACAGAGCGGAACAAGAGGCCGACCGUGUCACCGAGGCCCGUAUCAAGGAUCUUCAGACUCGCACGAUGGUGUGUCGCGAUGUAUGCGGCGUUCUCAUAAGCCCACUGCUAUGGCCGGAAGAGACAAAUCCUGAGCAGUACUGUUCCAAUCUGUCCGCGGAUAUCAAAUAUCAAUUGCAAGUGAGAUGGCAGCAGCAUUGGCUGGAGUGGAAGACCUUGAGAGAAAUUCCUGACGAGGAAUACCACGAAAAGAGCAAUGCAAUGGCGGAAGCUGUUCGCAAUGGACAAGAGUACUGGCCACCUGAAAGCCCUGCAGCAGAAAUAAAUCGAGGAAAAGAGCAGGCCGGGGCAUUGGGCGUUCGGCACCUGGAUCGCAGUGGACUGGAAGGCAGCUGGAAUUUCAGCGGCACCUUGGGAAGCGGCUCGUAUGGGCACGUCGGGUACUGGACCAAAAACGUCGGUCACGACCGGCGAAUCGUGGACAGGAUUGCUGUCAAGGAGUCGUACCUGAGACAGGCCUGGAACAACCCAGUGUACUGGAUUGGCGAGCCUGGCCACCGCAAGCCAAAGGAGUUCUACUAUGCGCGGGAACUGGCCGACAUGCCGGAGUCAAAGAACGUCGUCGAGCCGAGAUCGUAUGCCAUCUACGAGACUUUGAGGAUGCAUCGAAUAUACAUGGAGUUCUGUGAGCAUGGUACCAUGAGUCAGAUGAUCAACAACUACAUCGCUCACGACGCCGUGGUUGACGAGGAUGGAAACUCGAUAAUAGGCACCAUCCCGGUUCGUCUGCUAUGGUCAGUUUUCGAAUCUCUCGCAUCCGUGCUAUGCUUGAUGAAGAGCGGAACUCUGCCGGAUGCCCCGCGCGCCCGACAACUCAAGUACCCUGGCAUGAUCCACCGUGACCUCAAACCAGACAACAUCUUUCUAUCCCCUCCAUGCACCGAUGCCUGGGGCGGAAUUCCAACGUUCAAAAUUGGAGACUUUGGGUUCGUGGUCAGUGACGCUGAUGACGACCUCGCCAACAUGCGAAGGACCGGGACGCCGGGCUUCUUGCCACCAGUUUCCACCAUCUUUGCGAGAUCUGGUGUCGCAGUGUCUCGACGCGUCACCGGUCUACCGGCUCAAUUGCGAGGAUCUCUGGACUAG